AAAUAGUUAUUUGUUUAAGCUUAUAAGUAGGUAAUAAUUAAACAUUGUGCUACAGCUCAUUAGUAUUUUAUUAUGCUGAUGGACAAUGGCAGUGGCACCGGCAGCAUUGUUGGCUCUAACCACAAUACUGCCGGUUCUGUGGGCAAUUGUAGCGGCGAGACUUUGAGUCGUUCGACAUCGGCCAAAGAUCUCAACAAUGACGAGGAUGAUGACGAUGCAGAGGAAGCGGAGGAGGAGGAAGAAGAAGAUGAUGAAAAUAGUACAACGGCUGAAUCACCACUACUUCCCAUCAAAGAGCACAGUUUAACCGAAACAAAUAAUAACGAUAAUACAACAACAACAGCAACACCAACACCACCUACAAUAACCACCACAACAACUCCAGAUAGUGAUAAGAAUACCUCAAUUAACAUAUCACAAAAUAGAUUAUCACCAGAACUGCCUACAACACCGAACGAUUUAAGUCCCUCGUACAACGGCAGUCGUAAACGUUUCUCCAUACCCUCCCUGCUACCCAUCUCACGCAAACUUUCCAUCGAAAGUAUAACACAUCCGCUACAAACACUUUUGGGCAUCAGUGAAGAGCAAUGUCAGCGUCGCAACUCACAGCCCAAUCUUAAGCGUUACCGUAGUCGAGACGACACAUCGCGUGGUCGCAGUCGAUGUUAUUCUAAUCAGUUUUAUACGAAAACCUCCACCACUUCUCCCUCACGCAAACAUUCACACAACUACAACCUCUAUCCCAAGGAUUCGUUUUACAAUCUCGAAGGUAAAGCGCCCAAGCCAUCGUCUAAAAUGCAAGCUAAAGUCGAUGCUGUUGGCCGGGUAACCGGUGAAUGGGGUAAAUGGCAAUUGAGAACGGUGCUAUUGAUAUUUCUGUGCAAGAUACCCUCUUCCUGGUUUAUGGCCUGUAUUAUAUUUACCGCUCCCGCUCCGCGUCAUGGUGAAUUCUUUUGUAAGCCUCCUCCCACAAUAGGUGCCAAGAAUCAAACGGCCUGGAUUAAAGUCUCACAUCCGCAAAAAGAAGAAGUCGAGGAUCAGGAGUUUUCUAUAGAUUUUUGUAAUGUUUACAAAGAUGCCCAGGAACAUGCUCAUCACUACUACAACUAUGCCAAACAAGAGGAUGAACCGAGAGUUUGGGAAGAGCCGGAAAAUUCCAAAGAUGUUAUACCCUGUAAACAGUUUGAGCAUCAGGCGGAAUUUCAUUCGGUGAUAACGCAAUAUGAUCUGGUGUGUUCGCGAGAUAUUCUGGUAUCGGUAACGCAGUUCUUCCAUCUGUUUGGUGUGCUGACGGGUGGUAUACUGGCGAAUCAUUUGCUGAAAUACUUUAGCCCUCGAAAUGUGAUGUUGUUUGGCAUGGUGACACAAAUCUUUUGCGGUACUUUAACGGGUCAUGUGGCUUCGUAUGAAUUGCAUGUCUUCUUCCGCUGUCUGUCGGCUGUGUGUUGUGCUCAAAUGUAUACGGCCGGAGGCAUGAUUAUGGCUGAUAUUACUGGAGGUACCUACAAGACCUGUGUGUCGACAUUGUUUGAACAGUUUUGGUCUAUAGGCGUGAUAAUGUUACCUGGAGUGGCCAGUUUCUUUUCCAGCUGGUCACAUUUGUAUAUGGCAAUUUCAUUCCCCACUGUGAUACUCAUUUAUUUGUGGCAAUGGAUUCCCGAUUCACCCCGUUGGAUGGUGGCUAGAGGAAGAGUUUUGGAAGCCAAAAGAAUAUUAAUAGAGUGUGCUGAAAUGAACGGUACACGUUACAGUCUUCCUCAUGACAUCGAUCAGCAAUUACAAUUGCAGGCUCAAACCGCCAUGGAUGCCCCACCACCGGCCAGCUGGUGGACCAUCUGGAAGGGCGAAAAAGCCAUUAGACACAUGAUCUGUGUCCAUUUGUGUUGGUCCAUCUAUAUUGUUGUCUACUAUGGCAUGUUAUUGAACAUCCGUUCAUUUAGUCGUGACCAUUUACAAAUUAAUACUGUGAUAGCCGGUAUUUCAGAAAUUAUCGGUACAUUUAUUGGUCUAUUUCUCAUACUGAAGACAACACGCAAAUGGAUUUGGACCGGUUUGUUUAACAUUAUAGCCGGUUGUAUAGCGUACAUGGGUUGGCUGGUGCCACAUGAUAUUGAUUUUGAUGGUCGUGUUGCUUUAUUAAUGUUAACGGCCAUGAUUUCCAAAAUCGCCAUAUCCUGUACUUUAUCCAUACUCACCACCUGCACCGUGGAACUGGUAAGCAAUGAGAAAAAGAAAAUCUGCGCCUUUUCCACCAUUUGCUGGGCCCGUUUUUGGCUAUUGGGGGCUCCGUUUAUUGGGGCCACCGUAGUCUUUGGCCAAUUGAUACCACAAACAGCUUUUGCCUCGCUCGCCAUAACGGGUGGCCUAUUGAGCGCCCUCAUCUCUAGUCCUCGCACCAUACCCAAGAAACGCAGCUCUCAUGUUACCAGCAACAUGGCUGCCGCCACACAAAUGCCCGCCGAUGGGGGCAUUGAUAAUAAGGCUUACACCAAGGGACCUAUAUUUAAUAGUAUUAGCACUAAAAUGACCACACAACAAUCUAAUCUACCUCCACAAUUAAUGCCUGGUAUUUGGACGACCAAAAAUCAUGAAGACACUCCCCCCAUAUGAUUUCAAAUCAUAUUAUGUCAACACAACUUUCCUUAACUCCUCUCCAACAUCCACAAAUUAAACUCCAUAUAUCAAGCAAUCAAAAUACAAAACAAAAAACAAAUCUAUUUAAAAUGCACCAGAUUCCACCCUAAGAAUCUCAAAAAACUAACGGGUAUUUGUAUAAUCUAGAAUAAUUUAAAAUUCUAUUUUCAAAAUAUUAGAAAGAAAACUUUAAAUACUUAGUAGAGAGCUUCAAGCAUCAAAAAAGAAUAAUAUAAAAUUUAAUAUUUCUUACGUUCAAUUAAAUAAGUAGCUGUAAAAGUCAGUUUCGUUAAGCUUUAUAGGGCCUCUACUUAACUGAAUACAAUUCGAAUAUACAAUAAUAUAUUUCGAAUAUAUUUUUAAUUUUCUUUUUUUCCUAGCUAAGUUUAUUGAAAAUUUUACCUUUAAAACUUAGAUAAACCCAGUUAUUAUUAUUAUUCCUUAGACAAAUUAGUAUUUUAUUAUAAAAAACAAAGAAAAACAAUUGAUUGAAUAAUUAAUUAAUUUUAAUAAUUCAAAACUAUUAAAUAAUUAGCAAUUUCAUUAUGCUCAAUUAAAGAAAUAAUAUGCCUCUAAAUUUAAUUAAAACAAAAUAUAUUAGAAAAGAAAUCAA